GUGUCGUCUGUCUAAGUUUAAUUUCGGCUGAAUAUAAUCAGAGACACUUAUAUUAAAAAGACUUUGAUAUAAUUCGAAUUUUGAACUUUGAGCUCUGAAUUGAAGGAAUGUGUCAAGCCGAGAUUUUACUAACAACAUGUGUUGUUUCUGAAAUUAAUAAGUAAGCAAGCUAGCAUGUCGAGUGCUUGCAGAACUCGUCCUGUGACAGGAAGAGAACAGUUAACGGUAGUGUGUAUUUGCUCAGCGAGGAGUUGAUCUGAUGGAGAAGCUGGCAGUCAGAAUGAACAGAGUUGGGGACUGAUGCCAUUUUAUUGCCCAUGGUAGUAAAUUGAUAUUGAACGUGUGUAAAUUGAGUUAGUCCGGCAAACUGUAACAGAAUAGUCUUCAAUAUGUUUCGGAAAAAAAAGGAUUUAUCCAAGACCCCUUCAGUAUCAAAGAAGGGCAACGUUAACGCAGGAAAUUCCGGACCUCAUAGCCCGUCUCUGUCCUCUCUGCAGGAGCAGUCCACCAGAGAUGUCGUGGAUGGCCCUCUGUCUGCCUUGCCUGGCCCUCUGGAUGCUGUCUCCAUGUCGUGCCCAGGUACCCCGUCUGCCCCGCACAUCAAGCUGGUGAGCUGCGCAUCGCCGGUGGCCACCCUGAGACGGCCCACGGCCCUGAGCAGGCACGCCAGCGCGGCAGGCUUCCCCAUGCAGACGGCUGGUGCCUGGGCCUUCAGCCGGGGGCACGGACGAGGCCUGGCCCAGAGCCCCACUACGGAGACCGCAGAGGGGGGCACCGCCAUCGAGGUGGAGGACAUUCCGCCCUUACUGCGGGAUGUAGCACGCUUCGCUGAGGCUGUGGAGAGGCUGAAGGAUGUGGUGCUGGGGGAAGAUAAGGACGAGUCCAGGCGUGGCCCUGCACAUGAGUGCCUGGGUGAGGUGCUGCGCGUCCUGCGGCAGGUCAUCAGCACUUACCCGCUGCUCAACACCGUGGAGACCCUUACAGCAGCUGGGACACUCAUCUCUAAGGUCAAAGGGUUCCACUUUGAGGCCGCCAAUGAGACCGAGAAGAAGGACUUUGAGAAGGCCAUUGAGACCAUUGCUGUUGCAUUCAGCAGCAAUGUAUCUGAGUUGCUGAUGGGGGAAGUGGACAGCAGCACCCUCCUCUCUCUACCUCCUGCAGAGAAGAGCAGGUCAAUGGAGAACCUGUAUGGGGGAUUUCCUGGACAAGGGUUGGAUUCACCAAGAAAUGACCAGCAGGAGUGCUGUAUGAGGGCGGAGCAGGUGGAUGUUCUGCUGCAGCGUAGUGAGGGGGGCGUGGACUCGGCCCUCUCGUACGCUAAGAGCAUCGCCAGGUACCUGAAGGAUGUGAUCAGCUACGUGGAGAAGAGAAUCACGCACGAGGUGGACUUUGCCAGGAAGAUGCAAAGCCUCUACCAGUCCUGCAAGGACAGCUUCACUAAGCCCCACAUGCCACUCUUCUCCAUCUACUCUCUGGCCCUGGAGCAGGACCUGGAGCAGAGCAUGGGACUAAACAUGCACACACAAACCUUCAUACAGCCUUUGUUGCAGCGCAAGCAGGAACAUGAGAAGAAACGCAGAGAGAUUAAAGAACAGUGGCAGAGAGCCAAGAGGAAGCUGGUGGAGGCUGAGAGCAACCUGCGUAAGUCCAAGCACGCGUACAUGGCUCGCUGUGAGGAGUACGACAAAGCGCACAGCGUGGUCCACAGGGUGGAGGAGGAGCACAGCGGCUCGGCCACCAAGGGCCUCGACAAGAAGAGGCGACUGGAGGAGGAAGCACGCAACAAGGCCGAGGAAGCAGAGGCCACAUACCGAACGUGCAUCGCUGACGCCAGCACCCACCAGCAGGAGCUAGAGGACGUGAAGGUGAACGUGUUGCGGCAGAUCCAGGAGCUCAUCAAACAGACGGACCAGACACUCCGCAGCUGCACUAUCUACUACUACCAGAUCAUGCACAUGCAGACGGCGGCGCUGCCGGUGCACUACCAGACGCUGUGCGAGAGCUGCAAGCUGUACGACCCGGGCCAGCAGUACGCCGCCCACGUCAAGAACCUGCCCCUCAGCCAGGAGCCGCCCGCCACCUACACCUUUGAGCGCUACUCCGACACCAACCAGGGUUCCGCGCGGGUUCGGAGCCACAGCGGCUCAGACAGCACCCCAGCAGCAGGGGAGUCUGGCUCUGGAGAUAUGGCCAAGCAGAGGAGAGCGGGGCGAGACCAGUCCCAUAAGUCGUGGCCCUCUACCCUGAGUGAUACGGACAGCGUGGGAGGGGGCAGUGUCCCGGGGUCCCCCACCACCAGCACAGGUGACAUCACUAAAGCCCAAAGGCCUGUUUCCGCGGGAACCCUAUCAUCUAACGAAGAUGCGGAGGAAGCGGAUGGAAAUGUGGCCUCUUUUGAACGCAUGAACGGGAUGGAACCGGAGAUUGCCGUCCCCACUGGACCCUUCCGGAACGUGGGGCUGUCCAAGGCUGCAAGGACGCAUCGGCUACGCAAGCUGCGGACUCCGUCCAAGUGCCGAGAGUGUGACAGCUAUGUGUACUUCCAGGGAGCAGAGUGUGAGGAGUGCUUCGUGGCCUGCCAUAAGAAGUGCCUGGAGUCGCUGGCCAUCCAGUGUGGACACAAGAAGCUGCAGGGCCGGCUGCAGCUGUUCGGCCGCGACUUCUCCAGCGUGCUGCAGGGCAGCUCGGACAACAUCCCCUUCAUCAUCAAGAAGUGCAUCCUGGAGAUCGAGAAGCGGGCGCUCAAGAUGAAGGGUAUCUACCGUGUGAAUGGGGUGAAGACGCGCGUGGAGAAACUGUGCCAGGCCUUUGAGAACGGCAAGGAGCUGGUGGAGCUCUCUCAAGCUUCCCCUCAUGACAUCAGCAAUGUGCUCAAGCUCUACCUCAGACAGCUGCCGGAGCCCAUCAUUCCGUUCCGCAUGUACAACUGCCUGAUGGGGCUGGCCAAGGAGAGCCUGCAGCAGGCCGAGGGCUCGGAGGGCGGGGACGCAGGGAAGCCGUCGGAGCUGGUGGACCGCGGGCCGGACACGGAGCCAGCCGUGGUGGCGCUGGUGGAGAAGCUCCAGGCCCAGCUGCAGGAGCUGCCGCAGUCCAACAUCACCACGCUACGCUACAUCACACGCCACCUGAACAGGGUGUCGGAGCUGGAGCAGGACAACAAGAUGAGCCCCAGUAACCUGGGCAUAGUCUUCGGCCCCACGCUGAUGCGCCCCAAACCCACGGGGGCCACCGUGUCCCUGUCCUCGCUGGUGGACUACCCGCACCAGGCGCGCAUCGUGGAGGCGCUCAUCGUCUUCCACAAGCAGAUCUUCAGCCAGGACGCCGGGCCGCUGCGGCCCCCCUGCCCGUCCUCCUUCCUCCACAGCCAGGCGCAGAAUGGUGGAGAGGAGGGGAGGCAGACGGAGCCCCAGGAGGGAGAGGAGGAGCAGAGCAGAGCCGACCCAGAGCAGUGCUGUGGGAACUCUCUCGGUUCGUCUGGCUCGAGGGAGCGCUCUUUGGACUCGGACUCGGAGCUGGACGAGGUCGUGAGGAGACCCCGGCGGCGCGCCCCUCUGGUCAGCCAGGAGAGCGAGACGAGCACAGAGGAGGACCAGCUGAGCCCGCGUGUCAGCCUGGACCUGUCAAGUGCGGUUCCAGAGACGAUCCCAGAGCAAUCCCCCAGCCACACGGAGUCCGAGACGGCAGAGGCAGAGGCAGGGCCAGGGACGGCCGUCUCCGACAGCACAGACACAGACAGGACAGUGGAGGACUGUCCACAGACUGAAGCAGAGCUGGCCUCUGCUGAGUAGGAACUGGGCGCCAUACUCCUGUGGUUUGGUGUCCAGCACAGGUUCGUUGUUGCAUCCUAAAACCACACUUCCACAUUUGGUGGAUUUAUUUUGAAGUCCUCGUUGUAUUGGCACUCUACUUAAAAUGAAUGUGCUUGCUUCACAAGCUUCGUCAUUUUGCAGAUUACAGUAGUACACUGGAGUGCCUUUUUUAAGCUCAGGUUAUCUGUCUCAAGAGUGCAACAAUGGAAGGCUGUUUUGGAUAUGACCAGGAAAUGGACUUCAACCAGUUUUGUUAGCUUAUGGAAGAGGCAGGUGUAUUACCACUGAGUAGACCUACUACAUGUGCCAUUUUCUGUGUGCUUUCUUCAAAAAUUAUGUGUGUGGAUUUUUUAUUAUUGUUUUUAUGAUAAAACUGGAAUUUUACUUGUGUUAAUGUUACAUCAUUCAAACAGAGAGUUGCAGAAUAUCUGAAAUGCAAUAUCUUUACCUAGGAAAGAAGCAUUUUUAUUUUCAUUUAAGAUGACCAUUUGAUCAUUGCACCUUUUCAUAUUCAGAGGCCAGGUAGUGCUACUCUUCUUAACCCUCAUUGUUAGCGAGAUGUUUAUUUAUGUUAUACAAAUUCAUUUUUUCAAGGUUAAUUGACUUCAACUAUACUUAAGAGUAGGAAAGUAUUAAAUAUUUACUUGAAAAUUCAACUGUACACCAGGCUUCAAGGAUUGAGAAGUAAGACACAAAAUAUUCCUCUUUUUGAAAGUUUUCUUAGUAAGGUAUUGAGAGCCAGUUACAUAAGGGAGCCAAAGACUGCUGUUGCACUGUUAAUAUGGUACUACUUAUGCAUGGGCAUACUGCUGUCAACACUGAUGUAAUAUAUUGUUUCCUUUUUUUUUUUUUUUUUAAAUACUUGAUUUCAGCAUGAUGUUCUUAAAUAUGGUAUGAUCGGAACAUUUUUUCCACAAUUCAAUGACGUAUUACUGUCUCUAAGGUCACAGAAAGUGGAUUUUAGGAAUCAGAUUUAACAUUUCCCCAUCACAUGGUAUUUGUUUCCAUUUAGUCCCACUACUGCUGGACAGAGUGAUGUAUUCCAUACAGUAGGUCACCAGACCAGGAAAUAUCUUUAAUCCUCAGGUGUGUUUCCUUGAAGUAUCGUUGGAUAGCAGAUGAAUCCCCUUACAUUCACGGGGUGGCAUCUUUUGAGAUAUCACAGCUAUAUUUUGGGGGUUGAAACUACAUCAAUUUAUACUUUAAGUACAUUGGCAAUUUUGAUGUGAUCACCAGUCACCCAUGUCUACUGAUAUGGA